AUGUAUUCUAGUUCAAAUUCAGGAAUGUUAGGACUAGAAAUGUCACUUCAGCACCGCUUACCGCCGCCGCAUCAACACUCCACGGUUGGCUAUGGCGGCGAUUACCACUCAGAAACUCAGCAGUCGGGGAAACAAGGGUACCCACAUGCUGCAAAAGCUAAGAAUCCAAGCUUAACAUUUAGUGAUGACGAUGAGCAUGGUUUCACCGCUGAAAACAAUGCUGAUGAUGGGAAGCCGAAAAUGUCUCCUUGGCAAAGAAUGAAAUGGACUGAUAAUAUGGUGAGAUUGUUGAUAAUGGUAGUGUAUUAUAUUGGAGAUGAAGUUGGGUCUGAAGGCAAUGAUAAAAAGAAGGGUGGUACGGUUUUGCAGAAGAAAGGGAAAUGGAAAUCUGUGUCUCGGGCUAUGAUGGAGAAAGGGUUUUAUGUGUCUCCACAGCAGUGUGAAGACAAGUUUAAUGAUUUAAACAAGAGGUACAAGAGGGUUAAUGAUAUCGUUGGCAAGGGAACUGCGUGUCGAGUGGUGGAGAAUCAAAGUUUGCUUGAUACUAUGGACAAUCUGUCGAUGAAAAUGAAGGAAGAAGUGAAGAAAUUGCUGAAUUCAAAGCAUUUGUUUUUCAAAGAGAUGUGUGCUUAUCAUAAUAGUUGUGGUCAUGGAACUCACGGUGGUGGUGGUGAUGGUGGAAGUGGUGGUGCUCAAGAUUCACUGGCAGAGCCGUCUCAGUCGCAGCAACAAAGGUGUUUACACUCGUCGGCAAAAAUAAAGGGAUCUAAAGUGGGAAAGGGGGUUGGCAUUGAAGAAGAAUAUGACGAGGAGGAUAGUGACGAAGAUGAUGACGACGAUGAUGAUGAAGAAGAUGAGAACGAUGAUGACCCGGAUGAACAAUCAUCGAGGAAGAGACUCAAAAAGGGAUUGUUUCAUUCACCUAUGAUUCAACAAUUCAGUACUGAAUUGACAAAUAUGUUGCAAGAUGGAACAAGAAGUCCCUCGGAAAAACGACAAUGGAUGGAAAGGAGGUCGAUGCAAUUGGAGGAGGAGCAUUUUGGUUUCCAAAGCCAAGCAUUCGAGAUUGAGAAACAGAGACUAAAAUGGUUGAAAUUCAGUGCCAAGAAGGAAAGGGAGAUGGAGAGAGAAAAGCUGUCAAAUGAGAGAUUGAAGCUGGAAAAUGAAAGAAUGGUCUUUCUUAUUCGACAAAAGGAGCUCGAAUUGCUUGAUCUUCAGUCAUCGUCGAACAAGAGAAGUGACCCUUCAAUAACUGGAUGA